AUGGCCUACUGCACUGUUCCGCCCACCAUGCAAUACUCGGUCAAUGUCGAUCCGUCCCAAAUGAUGCAUCAGCAGGCGCAGCUGUCGUCUCCACUCUGGGCAACGUCUCCCACUGAUGUGCCACCGCCUGCCCAGUCCCCUGGCGGUCCAAUGCUGCUGCUGAUGCCCCCACUCCCAGUGCAGCAGAUGGGCCAGGCCAUGUCGCCGAUGUCGCCAAUUUCACCCUCCGCGAUGUCGGCGAUGUCGCCUAUGUCGCCGAACCCAUGCUCCCCAACCGCGCUCUCCCCCAUGUCUCCGGUGGAGUUCUACCCCGGCAGCCCUUCUGCGAUGCGCAACUACCACAGGAGCAACAGCGGAGCCACUGCUUCAGACGGGCCAACCAGCCCUCUCAACACCAGCAACCGCAGCUCCAAGGGACCGAUCUCCAAGCUGCAAGAGUUUGUGCAGAGCAGCAAGGCACACCCGCUUCCGAGCAGCUGCGCGGUGCUGCAGUGGAGCCACGAGAAUCGCAUGGUCCGCAGCCGAGUCUUGGGUGCUUUCAGCUGCGACUGCGCGCGCGACACGGAUUGUUGCGUAUUGCUGGGCAAGUUUCUGGCAGGUGUGCCUGCAGAGAAGCCCAUAGAGACUUUUCUCGAUGAGAUCGCCGCCGCAUCGGGCGUACCGCGGCCUUGUGUCCAGCUCCUUGCCGGCUUCCCGCCGAAGGCUCUAGAGCUUCCCAAGGACCUGUCGGCGACGGUUUCGUCGCUUGGACUGCGCAGUGGGGAGUCUCUGAUUGUCCGUGAGGUAGAGCCUGAGGGUGCGAGAGGCAUCGUUGUUCGGCGGGUCAUAGAGGCUGACAAUAGUUGCCUCUUCAAUGCUGUGGGGUAUGUCCGGGAAAAGUUGCGCGGUGAAGCACCAGCGCUGCGUAAGAUUGUUGCCGAGCGAAUCGCCGCAGAUCCGGAACGCUACUGCGAGGCUUUCUUGGCGAAGCCGAAUGCAGAUUACUGCGAUUGGAUCCUGCAGGCGAACAACUGGGGAGGUGCCAUCGAGCUCAGCGUUCUGGCAGAGCACUUCCAGUGUGAAAUUGCUGCAUAUGACAUUUGCUCCAUGCGUCGCGAUCUCCACGGCGAGGGGCAAGGCUACAAGAGCCGAUAUAUGCUAAUCUACGAUGGCAUUCACUACGAUGCUUUGGCGCUCGCCACGGACAAGGGCUCACCUGAAGCCGCAGACUUCACCGUCUUUGAAGUCGGUCCAGAAGCGGAUCUGGCCGACAUCAAGGCUCGAACCUUUGUUGCGGAGCAGAACAAGCAACGGCAGUUCACGGACACUGGCAACUUCACGUUGCGUUGUUGCAUUUGCCAGGCCGGCCUAAAGGGCGAGGCAGAUGCUCGUGCGCAUGCGAGCUCGACGGGGCAUCAGAACUUCGCGGAGCCACACCAUGUGCUGGGAGGAUGGUGGCCUUCAAAGAAGCAGUCGCAGCGUGAUGCAGCCGAGAGGGCGCUGGCAUUCUUCAUCGGCGUGUGUGGAAAUGAGCUUACGAGGGGGCACGAAGGACACGCCGCUGGUCGCAAGUCUCCCCUUGCCGAAGGCCACGGAGAGGACGAGCCAGAUGAGGUCUACGAGUUGGAAGACUUUGUCGGAGAACAACUGAGGUGGAGUUGCCGUUGGGAGGCACAAGACACGCAGGAUCCUAUCCUUGAGGCUCUCUGCAAAGCCACUGUCGAGUUCACGUACCUGGGUGUGUCGCAUGUCUUUGCUGGCAAAGCUUGCAGCAGCAAGGUGGCUGCGAAGACAGACACUGCCCGACGUGUCCUCUGGUACUUGCACUGCCCUGGCUACGAGAACGCCUUCGAAGUUGAGCAAGACCAAGUGAAGACGCUGGCGCAGGCCAUUCCGGAGCCAGUGCCGGGCACUUGGCCACCUACCCAGGAGGCUUUGAACGCUGCCUGCAGCCCGAGCACGGUGGCAUCGACCUGCGAGCAGGAGAUGGAUCUUAGCCCUUGCAGCCCUUCACCGUUGAGCCCGGGGCAACGAUCUCAAGCAGAGCAAGCUGAGUUGCUGGAGCGAAAGACCACCGUGAUGCGCUUGCAGAAUCGCCUCCAGAAGAUCUUUGCAAAGCAGCUGACACCUGGUAAAAGCGUCUGGUGCUGGAGGUACGAGAAGAACGAAGUGGAUCACACGUUCCAAGCUUCAGUGCACAUCUCACUCCUCGACCGUACCUUCACCGGUGGCUGGGCGUGCACUCACCAAGCAGCUCAAAUGGAGGCAUGCAAUCGCCUCACAUCCUUCUUGGACAAGGACUUCAAGAUGUGA